AUGCCUCUGGCUCCCUGCUUCGCUGCAGCACGUACUGACUUCGCUUCUCGCAGGCCUGCCCGCGAGUACAGCACCAAAGGACCUGUCUUGAUGAACGACUUUAUCUUGUGCAUGUCUCCCCCAAAGUGUACCAGGAUGCUUAACCUGUAUCCCAAAAAAAACCCACCCCCCACCGAACCUAAAACCUCCAAAACUGGUUUGGAAGGGGAUCUGGUGGGCUAUUACAAUUCAAGAUAUGCUCCUGUGGUGUUGAGGAAAGCAGACAUCGACCUCACCGAGAGAGGAGGAGAGCUCACUGAAGACGAGGUUGAGCGCGCGAUCACCAUCCUGCAGAAUCCACGACAGGACAAGAUUCCAGACUGGUUCUUGAAUAGACAGAAAGAUGCGAAGGAUGGCAAAUACCGCCAGGUCCUGGCCAACGGUCUGGACCACAGGCUCCGGGAAGCUCUGGAGCAGCUGAAAAAGAUCGGCGCCCACAGAGGGCUGCGCCACUUCUGGGGCCUUCGAGUUCGAGGCCAGCACACCAAGACCACUGGCCGCCGUGGCCGAACUGUUGGUGUGUCCAAGAAGAAAUGAAGACUAUCAACCUUGUCUAUUAAUAAAUAGUUUAUACACA